AAUAAUAUUGUAACAACACUUACUCCAGCUAUGGGCUUGUCAUCGAUGAGCAACAGGAUGGCGAUCCUGACCCUGGCGAUCCUCGCCAGCUGCGGCUACACCGUGGAUGCCUACUCCAAGUACGGUCGUGGAUGCGGCGAUAUCGGUUGCUUGCCAACCGAGGAGUGCAUCAUCACCAGCGAUUCGUGCAGCUACAACCAGAGGGAUGGCAAGGAUUGCGGCAGCUAUCCGACCUGUAAGCGCAAGACAGGAUCCACCAACAGCAGCCCCAACUCGGCCUCGCCCUCGGCCAAUCCGUCAGAAGUGCAUAGCCAUAACUCAUACGCCCCGAAUGCCCCGAGUGCCCCGCUACCGGAGAUGGGUGGUUACGGCGGUAAUGGUGGCGGCGGCGGCGGCAACAAUCUACCGAACGGCGGCAGCGGUGGAUACGGUGGUGGCUUCUCGGCUGGCGGUCAUUCCCUGUAUCCCAGUCUACCCAAUUCCGGCGAUGGCGGCCAUGCAGCAGCAGGUGGUGGCGGUGCUGGACCAGCUCCCUACAAUCCCUAUGGCGGCUAUCAGCCUCAACAACCCGGCGGCUAUAAUCCCGGUGGCUACAAUCCAGGCGGCUAUCAGCCAGCCCCCGGCGGCUAUCAACCACGUCCCGGCUACACUCCCCCGGCUCCGGGCUAUGAGAAUAACGGUGGUGGUGGUGGCGCCCAAAAACCCAAGGACAAGGAGGGCGGCGGCUUCUUCUCCAAUUUCUUUUCGAAUCCGGCGGUGAGUCAAGCGGUAUCCGGUAUUAUUGCAGGCCAGAUUGCCAAACAGUUGCAAGGCGGCGGUGCUAACGGAGGAGGAAGCGGCGGUGGAGCACAAGGUGGCUAUCAGCCCAGUGGUGGCUACCAGCCCAGCGGUGGCUAUGGAGGCGGUGGUGGUGGCGGCGGCAGCUCUUCUGGCGGCGGUGGAAGCAGUCUCCUAACCGGAAUUCUUGGAUCCGUUCUAUCUGGCGGUGGUGGCGGCAAUGGAGGCGGCGGUGCUGGCGGCGGUGGUGCCGGAAGUUUCCUGGGCAGCCUGCUCAGUGGCGGAAACAGCAAUCGCGGCGGAAAUUCCGGCGGUGGUGGUGGUGCCGGUGGUCUGGGCGAGAUCUUCAAUUCGAAAAACUUUGGUGGACUCUUCAGUGAGAAUCCCCGGAGCUCCAGUUCCAAUUCCGGUUCCGAUUCCAACUACGGUGGAGCCAAGAGCUACCCCACCCAGGCUCCUGGCAAUUAUUAUGGCUAACAAUAUCAAUUUUUUUGCAUCGAUUUUUUUUUGGCAAUAUAAUCAAAUGAAGAACUUUCAACGAAAUUUAACUCAAAAACAAUAUUGAAAAGCAAAAACAAGAAUAUGAUGAAUAUAUACAAGACAGCAUAGGCAUAUUAUACGUAAACUAUAAAUGAUGAUUAUACAAAUACGAUACAAUAUAUAUACAAGAACGCAUAUAUAUAUACAUAUACCCAGGCUGAAGAGAAAGCUGAACCCAACAGACAGACACACACGUAGCAUUUCUCUCAGAAAACUUAAAUUUGAAACAAAAACCAACAACAACCAUUUGGAGUUCAUUUGUAAAUAGAAAUAAAACUGAAAUUAUAAAUUGAACAUUGAGAUAAUAUAAAUAUACGUAAGAAUUGAAAGCCAGUUUAAACA